AGUGCACCAAAUUCCAUAAAUAAAUAAUAAAAAAUCAGGAAAUUGAUACCGGAAUUGGAAAAUGGAAAACAACGCGAGCAAGAAAAAAUAUCAGAAUAUUGCUUAAUAGCGAGAGGUCGAGGUGAGAAAGAGAUCGCUGACCCGAGCCAGCCACCGCCGAUUUUACGUUUCCCUUCCUGCCUCGAUCCUCAUGGAUCCUUCUCUCUGAUACCCGAUCAUCCUGCCAGCUUCAUAUCCCGUUUGUUUCUCCCUGAAUUCCAGCCAAACAAACAGCUGUUUUCGGCGGAAGAAAGGACAACGAAUCGAAGCUAAUCGGCCGGCCUCCUGUCAUAAUUGGUGAGUUGUUCCCUUCGGCUGCUGACUGAUUGUAUUCAAUUUCAUAGUUUUGCUUUGAUUUCAAGUAUAUGCGUUUAGAGUACGCGCAUUAGGGAAGGAUCCCCGCUGUUUGUUUGAAAUUGGUCAAGCUGUAAUGACUUCUGAAUUCGUGGGUCUUUGGUGGAUUGACGAGAGAGUGUCUUUAGCUGCGGAUCUAGGGUUCCUUUUUUGCGUAGUCAUUGUUGCUGGCCUUGGCCUGCAAAUUGGUGGUCUGUGUUGGUUUUUUGAAGCUUGUGGAUGGGUAGUUUGAACGUAACGCUGUAUGCUAUGUUUGAUGAUUGGCGUGACAGAAUGCAGGAUUUUAUUUACUGGGUAGUGCUUAAUUUCAAUGGAAACUGAAAGGGAGGAGGUAAUUCUUUGUCACUGACAGCUUGCUGUGUUUGUAGUUGGUUAGGAUGACGACUCCUUCGAGGAAGAGAUUGAUGAGGGACUUCAAGAGGCUGCAACAGGACCCUCCUGCUGGCAUUAGCGGUGCUCCCCAAGAUAAUAAUAUACUGCUCUGGAAUGCUGUCAUAUUUGGGCCUGAUGACACUCCAUGGGAUGGAGGCACGUUUAAGUUGACACUUCAGUUCACUGAGGAUUAUCCCAACAAGCCGCCAACAGUGCGUUUUGUCUCCAGAAUGUUCCAUCCAAAUAUCUAUGCAGAUGGGAGCAUUUGCUUGGACAUCCUACAAAAUCAAUGGAGUCCUAUUUAUGAUGUCGCUGCAAUACUCACAUCAAUCCAGUCUUUGCUUUGUGAUCCGAACCCAAACUCUCCAGCGAAUUCGGAAGCUGCAAGGAUGUUCAGUGAGAACAAGCGUGAAUACAAUCGAAGAGUGCGUGAGAUUGUUGAGCAGAGUUGGACUGCUGAUUAGGGUUUGCUCCGUGGCUUGUAACUCCAAAAUGGAUUAAGUGUCCAAGUUCAAAUUACAUUGAAAAACUGACAUAAGGUUGUGGUUGUUUCUGUUGCUCCUUGGAUGAUUUACUUGCUUGGUUUCCGAGAAUGAACAUUUGGCAUGUUUGUUGUAUCGAAUUAUCUGUGUUCUCAUUUUUUGUAUACAUGUAGAGUAAGUUUACUGUUGAGCCUAUUCUGAGUGUGGAUUGUCAUAAAUGGCUCUUGACAUG